AACCGCACAUUAAAUCUACAAAUACACCACACAAAUGACCGCCACUAUAGUUUCUCCUACAUUGAGGACCACGUCAACGUCCAGGCUCAUCACAUUAGCUGCCGGGUGCUUCUGGGGGGUGGAGAAGGUGUUCGUCAAGCAGUUUGCUGAUCAAGGAAUGGUUGACAUCAAAGUAGGAUAUGCCAAUGGGAUUCCUUCCAUAAGCGAAAUCGACUACAAAAGAGUCUGCAGCGGUGAAACCCAGUUUGCUGAAGCAGUGCAGAUUUCGUAUGAGCCCUCCAAGUUGCCGGUGGGCGAUAUCUUGGAUAUCUUCUUCAGAAUGCACGAUCCCACCACGUUAAACCUGCAAGGACCAGACAAUGGAACACAGUACCGGUCUGUGGUGAUGGCCCACUCGGAUGACGACGCCAUACUUGCCCGAGCCGUCAAAGAACGGAUCCAAAAGGAGUACUAUCCAAAUCACCAGAUAGUCACAUUUAUUGAACCCAUCAAGGUGUGGUACGAUGCCGAAGACUAUCACCAGGAAUACUUGAAGAAGCACCCUACCGGCUAUGAGUGUCCCUCACACUUCAUUCGCACCAAGCCAAAGGUUUGAUGUUGAAGGUUGGCAUUGGAACGUUAUAGAUGAAUAAAUUGGAUCAUAUU